GUGUAGGAUCCAGGCAGAUUCGGCUGUAGUAGUAGUGCAGCGUACAGAUCAGCAGGCUGCCUCCACCACUGGGGAACAACCGCCUUUUGUGUUCCCCCCCUCCCCGCUGCAGUGGGGGAGUGCAUUUAACGUCGCGCCCGAAGGGGGGAGAGAGAAGCCAAGAAGUAUCCUCCAAUCAGCCGUUAGUGAUUCCUCUCAUCUUGUGAGGCUGCUGAUGGUGAUUUAUCACUGACCUGAGACAGGAGCCGCGCUCUGCUCAACACCAGCCACCUGGAAUACCCACCAUGGUUUUUUUUAUUUCUUAUUAUUUCUUUUCUUAAGCACAAACACCCUCCUGUGGAUAUUUCAACAAGAAUGGCCAGAGGACAAAAGGAGGAUUAAAAAAAAUGGACCCACUGACUGCCAGUCUCGACUUUUCCUUUUUCCCCCUGCUGCCGACUGAAGGAGGACUAACUUUUACGAGGAUUUAGAAGAAAAAACAGGCAUUUUUUUUUCAGAAUUAAUUGUCAUUUUGUGCCACAGACAGCAUGACAUGCAGCGGAUGAUCCCAGCCUCUCUACUCCAGUCAUCAUGUAGGAGAGGUGCUUGUGGUAGAUUAGAGGUAUACUGGGGAUAGGCAGGAAAUGGGGAUGGAGAGAGGGGGUGACAGGUGGAGCACACCUGCCUGCUGAGCACGUCUGACACCUCCAUGUUGCUGUAGCUCCAUCAGCAGAGUUGAACUGUAACGUUGCCCAAGUUAAGAUGCUUCUCACCGAGCGGAGAUAGCUUUGAGUGUGUGUCCUGUGUGUGUGUGUGUGUGUGUGUGUGUGCAGUUUGUGUUAGGAGCCAGAGUUUGGGAUUACGCCGCCUCUGGAAGGGAUACAGGUGUAGUGGAGCCUUGAAUGAGGAUUAGCAGCUCUAACACCUUGUCGCUGGCAGCAACACGGGGAGCGAUGGACCUUUUAGACAAGACCCGGGCCAAGUCCUCACUGAAGGAUUAAAGAUAAAGGUCUCACCAACAUAAUGAGACUUAAGAGGGCAAGCGAGGGGACAGCUGAGGAAAUUCUGCAGAGAUUUUUUUUUUUAGUUCUUCUUCUUAUUCAGGUUACUCUGGAGGGAAUGCAGACCGAGAGCUAAUCUUAGAGGAAGUGGGACAUUCACACCAAUAGACUGAGGCUGUUUCUAGUAGCUGGAUGAUUAUGAUAUUGAAAGCAUGAGAUUACAAGUUUGGGGCGUGCUUGAAAAUAUAAAGUAUAUCCACAGGCAGAUUAAAAUAAAGAAAAACCUGCUGUGUGAAAGGCAAACGCUGAUGGUGCUUGUGAUAAACAAUCUCGAUUUCCUCAACAACCCAAGCGAGCACAAAAUCCAAUUGAUCCCUGAGUUGGUUUGAUAUUGAUCUCAGCACACAGUCAGUAUGGACUCUUGUCUGAUCUCAGCUUAAGAGGUCACUUAUUUAAUUAUAAUCUGUCAUUCUGUCUCAGCCUCGAAGCCGACAGCCAGAGUGCUGAGUGUGCUGCGGCUCAGAGAAUCGAUGGUCUCGUACUCGUCGUGUGAUAUGUGACGACGGAUCAGAUCAACAGCGUCCACACUUUGAGGGCACGUUGUUUACAUGUCUCGUGUUAUUUGGAGAGGCAGCAUGAGAACUGACUCCUCCGCCGGCGGCAGUUCUGCUGACAGUUACAAGAAAUGUGGCAGCCAGUGUGUGUAGUCAGACUUGUAGAUGACAAAAAGAGGCACCUGUCUUGAUGCGGGUGCAGGUGUGUAUGUUAUAUAGGCUUGUAUUUCUGGCACACAGCUUAUCUUAGCCGCACAGCAGGCACCACCCAGGCUUCUCCAUUUAAAUUAGGAAAUACGUUAGUACCUUUGUGGAAAGACUUGAGCGGCGCUCUCAGGAGAAGUUGUCUCAGCAGCAACACUCAGCAACCCUUCAGCGAUCCUGGAAAGCAGAGGGCUCGGUAGGUGGUGAGCUCUGUGUGGUGAGCAGGAGAGGGGAACAGGACUGAGGCAAGCUGUUUGAUAGCUGCAUUGUUUUGUAUCUACUUUGACUCAAAGAGCAUCGCUGAAGGUGUGCUGCUCGGAGGUUUGCUGCUGGGAGAGGGAAAAACUGAGUUCAGCUGGAGUUCUGCUGGGAAAAGCAUCUUAAUACUGCAGUUUUGCAGAGGCAAGGUAAAGGAAGUAGACUGGAUUAUCCCAAGACAAGCAAUGUUUUCUGCCUAAUAUACCUGAUGACAUAAGCACAAACCAGCAGGACCCUUUAAACCUACUUUCUCCAAGAUUGCAGGCAAACUGGACAUUUUUUUCUCCCCUUUUGCGAUGGAGACAGAAACAAACACCCGUCCUCGCAGCUCUGAAACUAUCCCCGCGUUUGAAUUCACUCUGGAUUACAACACUUGAACUGCAAAGCGAGAAAGAGGAGAACAAGCGACACACCCAAGCAAACUGUGUUUCCAUCCUCAGCAGGGAUGUGCUGUUCUGAGGAGGAGGAGUAGUGUAGCAUACCACAACCCUGGUGAGCGAGGGUGGGGUUCCUCUCUCCCACCCGCCACAGACAAAGACCUUAAGAAAGAGAGUCCUGGAGUAAGAAGUGGUCAAGUCGGGGGGCAUUUGCGCAGCCCAGCGCCGGGUCAGAAGUCACAAUGGGGUGCAACAUGUGUGUGGUUCAAAAGCCCGAGGAACAAUACAGGGUCAUGUUCCAGAAGGGUCACAUAAACAACAUGUUGUGCUCUUUUGAAGCCGACGGUCGAUUAAAGGUGAAUGGGAAGGAGCUGACUCGCCUCUCUGGGGAUCCCACCCUGGACAUACGGGACCCCAUACUGUCCAACAUACUGAGGCGCGGGGCCCGCAGACGGGCGGGCCUAGCAGGAGCUCCUGCAGGGUUGGUGCCAGUGACCAUGGGCAUGGCCGACUGUGUGGACAGCUGCACUCAGACGGACAUCAGCUUCCAGCAUAUGUUGACUCUGGGCAAGAGCAGCCAGCAUCCCUGUGGAGCUCCACCCCCGCCCGACCCUCCGCCUUCCCCUCCACUCCCACCGCUUCUGGAGCCGUAUCUCUUCAAUGAACUCUUCAUGGAGCCUGUGUACUACGACCCCACUGACUACUUCGAUAUCACUCAGCAUGAGGUGGACAGACAGGAUGAGCUGGAAUAUGAGGAGGUGGAGUUGUAUAAGUCCCGGCAGCAGGAUAAACUCGGCCUGACAGUUUGUUACAGAACCGAUGACGAGGAGGACCUGGGGAUAUAUGUAGGAGAGGUGAACCCAAACAGCAUUGCCGCAAUCGACGGACGCAUCCGCAAAGGAGACAGAAUACUGCAGAUAAAUGGAGUGGACGUCCAGGACCGAGAGGAGGCGGUGGCUAUCCUCACCAGAGAGGACAGCACUAAUGUCUCCCUGCUCCUCGCACGGCCUGAGAUAGAGAAUGACAACCAGCUGGACCCAGAUGAACUGGACCUGGAGCCACUGGACAACGCUGUUCACCUGCCCAGCAGCCAGAGAUUGAAGAACAGCACCUCUUUCCUGGGUGCUGGACCGGGCAGUGUUGCGGCUGGGGGUGCAGGUAUCCAUGGUCGUUCCAUUAACAGGGAUUCACCUGAUUUGCUCCAGACGGUGCUGAGCAACAGCCAGGAACUGGACAGCGGGGUGGGCCGUACAGAUGAAAGCACACGCUACGAGGAGUCUUCAGAACACGACCUUCUGGGAGACGACCACACCAGUGCCUCCAACACAAACGCCACGAACACGCCUGGCAGUAUGCGCAAGUUUUUGUCCGGCCGAGGCGACACGCCACCCCUGCUGCACUCCCAGGACCUCCAGUUCAGCACUGACUCCCUCUUAGGGCUAGACUGCUAUAAUGGAGGAGGACUGGAUCAGGUGGAGCGAUUGGAGAGGGCCUACAUGGCCGAUCCUGCGAGGAUGAUGAUGCCUGGGUUGACCGAGGAGGAGUGCGAGAGGUACAAAGAGCUCCUGGAAAUCAAGUGUUACUAUGAGAAGAACAGUAAUGAGCUGAUGCUUCUGGGAGGUCAGGGGCCAGCACAGGAGGAAGGGGGUAUCUCACUGGAUGUGAACAGGAACGAGAGCCUGACGCAGCAUGAGAUGGCCCUUCUGGAAGAGGAACUGCGUCACCUGGAGUUCAAGUGUCGGAACAUCUUGAGGGCGCAGAAGAUGCAGCAGCUGCGGGAGCGUUGCCUGAAGGCUUGGCCUCUGGAGGACAAGAAUGGAGCAGGUUCAGGGGCUGGAGUAGGAGCUGGAUGCUUGGACAUGAACGGGUCUUUGGUCGGUGAGGAGCCAUGUCACCACGCCCUGUCAGAUAUCAAUGAGCUCCCAGAGAGGGAGCGCUCAGAUAAAGACAGUACGAGUGCCUACAACACUGGAGGGGAAAGUUGCAGGAGCACCCCUCUGGUCAAUGAACAGUACCCGUCACCCUCAACACAGAGCCUGGAGGGAGCAGAGCCUCUUCCCUCAAUGGGUGUACAGCCUCCAACGUCCACCGGGCGGAGAGACAGAGGAGCCAGGGCCGAAAGAGGGGACGGGAUCCAAGCAAACCUCAACCAGUCCUUCUCUCCUCGCACUCAAAGAAGAGGAGCUGAAGCCAAGACAUCCAGCCCCAGGGAGAAGGUUCGGUCCCUGUCCAGGGAUGCAGGAACCAGGCGUGGCUCAGAUGGAGGGGUGAGACGUAACCCCAAAGAGAGGUCUGGUGGGUGCAGUGCCGAGAACAGCCCUUACCUGUCCCGCCGCCAGACUGACACAAAGCCACCUCAGCGCUACCUGAGCUGCAUGCAACUGAGGUCUCCGUCCACCUCUGAGCGGCUCGGUGGACUCAGAGAGGGCUACAUGGAGGCCGCGGGUGACGCCAGCCCAAUGAGCUUGGGUAGCACAUGUAUAGAUGCUGCCCAGGCUCCAGGUGCUGUGCCUUUACCCUUGUCUCCUCCACUGCUGCCCGCCUCCCCUCGCAUGGAGUGGAAGGUGAAGAUCCGCAGCGACGGUUCACGCUACGUGGCCAAACGGCCCGUGAGGGAUCGCCUCCUGAAGGCACGCGCCAUGAAGAUCAGAGAGGAGCGCAGUGGCAUGACCACAGAUGACGAUGCUGUGAGUGAAAUGAAGAUGGGCCGUUACUGGAGCAAAGAGGAGCGCAAGCAGCAGCUGCUGAAGGCCCGGGAGCAGCGGCGGCGCAGGGAGUUCAUGAUGCAGAGCCGUCUGGACUGUCUGAGAGAGCGUGAGAGGGAGCAAGGUGGCAGUGGUGGAGGGCAGCAGGUCUCAACAAACCAGCAGGAAGCCACCACCAUCCUGGAGCUGUGCCACCGCAGGAGCCAGAAGAAGCGCAGCCGCAGAAUCCUGGACAACUGGAUCACCAUACAGGAGCUCCUGGCUCAUGGGACCAGGUCUGCUGAUGGGAAAAAGGUCUACAACCCCCUGCUGUCGGUCACCACAGUCUGAGAUUAGAUCAGACUGAGGGUGGCAGGCAGAUAAAGUGCCAAAGUGCUUUGAUAGGACCCCAAGGACGAACACAAGCUGCUUCCAGACACCUCGGCACAAAUAUUUGUCUGCAGGGAUGCAGCAACAAUCUGAAUCAAAAAGUCCAUGUUGGUAAUAUUAAUAAAAUACUAAUAUUAACAAGCACAAGGACUCCAACCUAAAAUGUUUAGAUGAAAAAAAGCCCAUGACAGACACUGCCAGGGUUUGUGUGUCCAUGAAGACAAUACAUCUUCACAAUAUUGUCAAACUGAGUUACAUUUCAGAAACGCAUUCCUCGAUCAGAAAUGAACCCGCACAAGAAAAACGCCUCCCCGUCAUAUUCACGAUGCUUUUUACCUCUAACAUGAGAAGAAUGUGACACUUAUACAAACCUGUACCAGCUUCCAAGAUUUUUUUUUAAAAUCUGGACACCACAGUAAAUGCACAAGACAAAAAAGGAAUCAGAGCACAGAUUAGCAUUUCUGAAACAUUCACAUUCAGAGGAGGCCAUUUAGAAAGUGCAUCACACUCGAGACCUGUCUUCUUACAUGAAGGAGAGGCGAAGUGAGGGAUGCAGUCCAGCCAUUAGAGUAGUAGUGCACAUCUUAAGAAGUCAUCUCUGCAGGCCUCUGCCUUUUUAUGAACAGGAUAGAGGAAAAUCACAAAGAAUCAUGCAGCUGUGAAAACACUGAGAAAAAGCCACUUCUGUGCCAUACAACUGUAUAUUUAGGACAUUUUUGAAAGAAACAUUUUGUGCCAGUUGCUGUUGAAUCUUUUUUUUUUUUUCAGUCUUACCGUGUUCAUGUACAAAUGCUCCUUUGUUUUUGACAAAGGAAAUGCAACGUCAGUGUCAGACCACAGACUUUUUGCUUUUUUGAUAACAAGGAGCUGAGCGGUGCCUUCCCUUCAGGCAGACUUGACUGUAUAGCACAAUUUUCAAAGCGAUACAAAAAAAAAAAAAAGGCUGAGCAGUCGACGUGGCUUACUGGUUUUUAAUGACAGGCACAUCGUGACAUACAAGCACAGAAAACAUUUGAUAUUGUGGUGUGAGCCGAUAUCAAGUCCCUUUUUCCUCCAGUUGCUAUUUCCAAACAUCCUGCUUUUUCCUGACCGAUGAGCUCUGGUAAAUAUGCAAUAUCAUUUUCGGUGUUGACAGAAAAAUGCUGUCAGUUGGGUUUGCGGCUACAUCCACUGGGGAUUUCUUUUCAAUGUUUCUUGUCAUUCCUGUCAGAUGUGUCAUUUCAAGACUGGAUUUAGUUGGUUUUUUUAAUUCUGUGCUCUCUGAAUAACUCACCAGUGACCAUAACAGCCAAGAAAUGGGGUGAUUCAUUUACUGAACAAAGAAGCUAAUUCUUCAUUUGGCUUACAUGCAUGUUUGAUAUUGAGACAAAGAUUUGUUUUGUUUUUUUCUUCCGUGUACUUAAAGACUAAAAAAGCCUUUAACAUACUGUAAUUGUGGCUGUGUCUUUCUAUGAACUUGCUUAAAAAAAAAAUUCUAGCAUAGAAAAAAAGAAAACAUGGUGUACUUGUUGAAUAUUGUGACGUCCCAGUGUCUGCCAUUUCACGGUGAAAGCUUUUCUAAAUAAAUGCUGUGAUCAUGA